UGUCACGCGUCAAAUGUCACACGCGCCAACUUGCAUACCACAACCAUAAAAGUAUAGGCACAGGACAAUAUGUCAGCCCAACAGCCAUCGGCUGCAUCAAGAAACAAGCUUCAUGGUCGGAAGCAUGCUAUCCAUUAUCUUUCUUAUGUUGAAUUUUGGUGCCUAGACUACCGCUCCGGAAUGGGCAGUGCCCCAGCGGCAACCCCAGAAUUGCGAAGUCGCAAACAGCAUUCCGCAGAGGACCACGCAGCUAACUCCCCGACUUCAACUACUAUAUCAGAGUCCGGAGGCAGUUUCUACCGCAUGGACGAACCUCUGCGACCCACACUCCGCAGUCUGCCAGUCAAUCUGAACACCCGUAAAAUUAUCAUUCGCUCGGACAUAGCCUUGGUCACCUGCUUUGAUCCAGCAGACACGGAAUUGUAUAACCUUUGGGCUCCUGGACCUUGAAAUACCCCAGUCUUAUCACGGACACAUCGUUCAUAAAUUCUUCAUGAUAGGGAAGGUAUUAAUUUGAUACACAUUCCUGGUACUACGCACUUAGGUUGAGGUCAACGAACUAAAAGUGUGAUACAUGGUCAAAGCAUGGAAAAAAAAACAUAUA